AUGGAUAAAAAUGAAUUACCAUUUUCUUUUUCGACAGGAACAGAAUCAACAAUGCCCGAUUAUCUAGCAUCAGAAACGAUAUUACCAUUAAACGCAAACGAGGUGUUACCAACGGUAAUUACCGAAAAAUCUAUGUCACCAGGAUCUGAUAUAUUAUCGUCAGAUGCAAAUUUGUCUUCCGUGACUGAAAAAACAAAUUUCGGAGCUCCCGAAAUGGGAUCAACAAUGUUUACAGCAAUUUCACCAACAAAUACAAGCGAUGGAUCUUUCUUUACAUCUAUAGAAAGUGUUUACACACGUGACAAUGCAAACGAUAUUCCAGUAAUAAUUACCCCCGCUGUUGAUUCAACAGCAAUAAAUGAUUUGGAUUUUAAAACAACGCCAACGGAUUUCGCCAAAAAUGAUGGUUACUUUACAAAUGAAAUAAAUAAUUUCCCCAAUGUAAUGGAGGAGACUGCCGAUUCAUUCGAUGCGUUUGCAUCGAAUUUUGAUAAGCUGCCGAACCAAGUGGAAACAAUUUUACGAUCCUUUCUCUGGUGUUCAAUGGGAAUGGAUACUUCCGACGGAAUCGGGGGAUUCGAUUCCUUCCUGAGUAUGACAGCACCACCGCAAGAAGCUGCAAUGAAACGAACCGAAUCUGGAGAUUCUGACGAUGCUCCCGAUUUUAGUGUAUAUAUCAAACCUAAAGAAGGAGAACUGAGACAAGGUGAAGAGGGUCCAGUUCCAAUACUCGCACCUCCACCUAAAAGUCGCAAAAUUCCGCGUACUCUGAGCUACUUUGCGCUUCCAAUCCUUCGCGACAAGUCUGAUGGUUUUGCUCAAGAAGCUUACGCGCCUUCUAAUAUUGAACAGGCUGAAAUUAAACGUACCGAUUCUCAGGAGACACCGCCAACGCCUCUGUUUGACGAGGACUCCGUCAGUCAACCAUUGGAAGAUUUUCCAAGAGUGACAUACACAGGCGAUGGUUGGGAAAUGCAACUCCGUCAGCCGAACAAGAAGAAAAUAACAGGACAGAGAUUUUGGAAGAAAAUCUUCGUUCGACUCGUCUAUCAGGGAGACAAUCCGGCUGUUCAACUAUUCCGACUAAGGACGAUAGGACCAUUUCAAGAAUUGCCCCUACUACCGUGCUAUUCAGUAUCGGAAAUUGGAGCCCAGCAAUUUGAUCACUAUGGCAAAAUAUUUACUGUCAAAUUGCAAUAAUCGUCUAUAAGGAGAGGGCCUGGCGUUCGUCCCGGUCAAGUGACGAAAGCUGAAAGAUUAACAAACAAAUUAAGCCAAUUCGCAGUAGCAAUUCAGGGCGAUUAUCAGGGCGUCAGAAUUGGUAGUGAUUUGAAGAAGGAAUUAGGUCUUCCCGUCGAACAUGCACCUCAGAUAUCACAACUUUUUAAAAUAGCAUCUCAUAAUUAUGAGGAUAUGAAGGAAUUUUCUUCGGCAAUUGAAAGAAGCUCUUUUUAGAUUAUCAGCACAUAGGGACGCGCUUGGCAGUAUAAAAUGGAAGAGGUUCAAAUAUCAGUCGAUGAACUUUAUGUGGAACAAAGUUCAGAAGGCCAUAUAGAGAAACAAAUAGCUCGAGUUCGACUAUUUUUCUUAGGCUUUCUCUCAGGAAUGCCUGACGUUGUUGGUGUCAAUGACAUGAGAAGACAGGGAAAAGAAGGUGGUCGCCACGAUAUUAUUCCAGUUGUCACUGAAGAAUGGAUAAGAUUAGAAGUCGAAUUUCACUCUUGCAGUCAACAAGAUGAAUUUGAAGAUUCGAAAAUUAUAAGAUUCAAACCCCCAGAUGGGUGUUACAUUGAACUGUUAAGAUUUCGAGUGAGGCCACCGAAAAAUCGUGAAUUACCCCUUCAACUAAAAUGCGUCUUUUGCGUCACGGGAAAUAAGGUGGAAAUAAGAGCGGAUAUACUCGUUCCGGGUUUCACAUCGAGAAAAUUGGGUCAAAUUCCCUGUGAAGAUGUCAUGGUGAGAAUACUUCCUGAAUGUUGGAUAUAUCUCUUUAGAGUUGAGAAACACUUUAGAUAUGGUUGUAAAUCCGCUCAUCGGCGAACGGGAAAAAUUAAGGGCAUCGAAAGAUUCCUCGGCGGUGAUAAUCUUGAACCACAACUUAUGGAAGCUACUUCCGGACAAGCGAAGUAUGAACAUCAACACAAGGCUAUUGUAUGGAGAAUGCCACGAUUGCCUAAGGAAGGACAGGGAGCUUAUACAACGCAUCAAUUAGUUUGCCGUUUAGCAUUAACGUCAUAUGACCAAAUUCCUCCAAAUUUAGCACAGUAUUGUUAUGUUGAAUUUACAAUGCCAGCAACACAAGUAUCACACACGACAGCUAGAAGUGUUAGUUUCAGAAAUCAUGAUAGUGAUGAUCCACCGGAAAAAUAUGUACGAAAUUUAUCACGACACGAAUACAGGGUCGGUAUUGAACACACAAAAGGUGAAGGUCCGGGCGCUUAUCUAACUGCAACGAUAGCUAAACCAAUUCCCGAAUCAACACCAGAAACACAUGAACCAACACCAGCUGAUUCUGACUCUGAUUCCUCAGAAUAGUGCAAUAAAAUGUAAAAUUAUUUUUCCUUUUCUUUUUAUUUUCCCCUUUUUUUGUUUUAGCGAGAAGAAACAAAAAAUGAAGAAUAUAAGUGCGUAUAAUAAAGUAAUGAGUUUAAUGAGAAAAAAAUAAGUUAUAGAGAGAUGUACCUAGCUAUAUAUAAUAUAUGUUGCAAAUUAAUGUAAAAUGUUGAAUCUAUUCUAUACGAUAAUUUA